AUGAAGUAUUACCUUAUAGGCGCACAGAGACGUUCAGCAGUAGACGGUUACUCUCGGAAUGACGAUUUGUCUAGUGCGUAUUCUGUAUUUAUGUCGUUAUCGUCGUUCGUCGUCCGACUUUUAUGCCGCGGCAGCGAAUCGGGAGUGGGGACACAAGCGACUCGCUCUAACAAUUGCGUCGCGCCGCCGGUUUCCGAUCUAAUAUUAUUUGGUACCUACAGUUGUGCAAGAAAUUCUCGAAUGCGCGGUACGAGUAAUAUGAAAAUUCUUUCGGCAGAAAGAAAAAAAUAUUUUAUAUAAUGCGGAAUGUUUACAGGGCUUUCAUAUUAUAAUAUAAAUUUCAAUUUGCAAUACAAAUUAAAAUAACAUGUUUAACAAAACUGUAAAACAUCGAUAUUGCUACGUUUAUUAUUUUUUUUUUAAUCAUCUAAGCCACACCUAAACUACCACUUAUGUAUUCAUCCAUUAUCAUGUCUUCUCUCGUUGACUUAGGUUAGAUCAAGUAUUCUUAGGUAUAUUGGGAGAACAAAAUAACACCAAGUAUCAAUGCUUUUACUAUGGGUGGUGGGUUACCCCAUUAGACCGAUGUGGGACUCAUAUUUUGAUAAAACACUGAUUAUGAUGUGACGAAAUAAUGAAAUAUGAGACUGGUAUAUGAUAGUAGUGCAAUGCUGUAAUGGACUCUAGAAAGAAAGAAAUGGAGAGGCUUACUAGUGGCAUCCCAGGUCCUGAAUGGACCGUUAAACUGUUAAAAGAAGAAGUAAACAGUAUAAUCAGGAAUCUAAACAGAAUAGUUUAAAAUAUGUCAAUGUUAACAUUUAUUAUAAAUGUUAUUUGUACCUAUAUAGUAGGUAUAUAAUUAAAUUUGAAUGAUAAGAUUCAUAUAUAAAUAAUUAACUAUAAGAGGAAUCAGUUAAGCACUGACCCACUAGUUCAAAUACUAACAAAAUGUUCAAAUUUAAUUCAAUACCUUGUAUUCAAUAAUCAAAAUUAUUUGAAUUAUACAAAAACUUCAUUAAAAAAAAAACUGUUUCACUUUUAUCCACACAUAUUCUGUGUUUAUCAGUCCCACAUCGGCUAGUAAUAUUUUUGUCAACCAAACCGCGUUUUGUUAGAUUUUUUAUUCAAUAAUUUAUUGGAAAUCGAAAAAAAUAUUUUUAAGUACCGCAAGACGAACAUUGUGUAAAAUAUGGAGUAUUUUUACUAACAAAAAGUGUUUUUCGAAAAAAAGAUUAUAGUUUCUUCGCUAUACAUUACAAAAAUUUGGUACAUACUUUUAGUUUUAAAAAUAAUCUCAAAUUUCGGGGGGGGAGGCACCACUGCUAACCACUGCUGGAUAUAAAUAAGUGCUAAACAUACUCAUUAUAUGAAUAUAUAUAAGAGUAUUAUAUAUUAAUGAGAAGCAAAUUGUGGUAUUUUUUUAAGCCUAAUGAAAAUAAUAAGUCAUUACAACCCUAUUUUAUUAGUUCACAUAAAACACAUUAUAGAUAGUAAUAAGCCAACCAUUAGUUAUUUUUCUCGUAAAAUUAAAAAGUGAAUAAUGUAUGAUGGGUCAACAAGUAAUACGAACUUUACUUAAAUAAAUCAAAAAAUCAGAAUACUUCUCAAUUCUUUUUUAUUGUUAUCCCAAUAAAUUUCACCGAGAACAAUAGUCACAAUCAGGUAUAUCGACAUUUCUAAUGGAGAAAUUAUUGUCAAAGAAUCAUUUUUUGAUUUUAUAUAUACUAACAAAAAAUCAGGAUUAGGGCUUUCUUAUGAAAUAUUAAAUACAUUUUAAGAAAUAAUGGACUUGAUAUAAUGAAUUUUAGAGGAAAAUGCUAUGUCAAUGACGCAAAUAUGGCCGGAAAUAAUAAUGGUGUACAAUUACAUAUUUUACGUGUAAAUGAACUAGGAACAUUUUUAACAAGUUCAGCUCUUAGCCUAAAUCUAGUAGGUGUUCAUGCUGUAGAAGUUUCACCUAUAAUGAUAACAUUUUUUGGCUUAAUUCAAAAUAUAUACUAAAUUUUUUCUGGGUCGACAACUAGAUGGGAACUCUUAAUGAAAACUAUGAAAAUUACUUUAAAAUCUCAUUGUGAUACACGUUGGAGUACAAGAAAACAAGCAGUGAAUGCUCUAAAAUUAAAUUUUAAACACGUUUUUGAUAUACUAAAUCUUAUGGCGACCAACACUAAAAAUUUUAAUAAAAACGCAACAAUAUCUACUCAACAUAUUCUAAAACAAAUAAAUUUUAAGUUUUUAUGCCUACUUCAUUUUUGGGAUUCUAUAUUAGGGCAGAUUAACAAAGUAAAUUUAUCUUUACAAAAUCAAACCAUGGAUGUGGCUACGAAAAGCUUAGAAGGUUCAAUCGAAUGCAUUUAAAUCUACGAGAAAAUGGUUUUGAAAAUGCAUUGAAUGAAGCUAAAAAAAUGCACUUUUAAUAAAUAUAACCACUGAUUUUCUAACUACCAGAAAAACGCAAAAAAAAUGACUUAGAGUUAGAUGAAACAAAAACUAAUGAAACUAGUGAAACUAUUGUGAAGCUACAAUGAUAUCAAUUUUUAGAUUAUAAUAUUACCAUUAUAAAAUGGAGAUUUGAAAAACUGUCUAAUAUAUCUUCAUAUUUCUCAUUUUUGUGUGGUCGAAAUUUUUCCAAUAUAGAAAUUUAUAAUAUGAAUAAAUGGUCAGAGGAUUUAGCGUUGUUAUACAGUGCUGAUUUAAAUGGUGAUAAGUUAUUAAUUGAAGUUCAAAGUUUCCAGUUUCAAGAUGUCUACCGGAAUUUUGAAGUGGAAUUAAGAAUUUUUUUAACAAUGCCCGUUAUUACAGCUACUUGCGAGAGAAGUUUUACCAAAUUAAAGGUCAUAAAAAAUUAUCUCCAUUCCACCAUGGGUCAAAAACGUCUAUAAAAUUUAGCCAUACCUUCAAUUGAAUAAGAAAUUACAUCUAAGAUGGACUACACUUCAAUUAUCGAAAAAUUUGCUUCCAAAAAAGCCAGAGAAUUUAAUAUUUUUUAAUUUUGUUGUACUAAAUUAUACUUAAUUUGCAGACAGUAUUAUUUAUUUGUAUUAUUUUAUUUACAUUUUUUAUAUAAUUUGUAUUUAUGUUGUACUAUCUUUUAGAAUUUGUCAUUAAAGUCAUACCAAAGUAGGUGAUACAAAUCAAUUAAUUUCGCUAUUAUUAUCUUUAUUUUGAAUUUGAAACAUUCUUAAACUUUUGUUAUUCCAACUAUUAAAAUAAUAAACUUAAGCUUUAAAGUAAACAUUGAUCAUGAUUAUAAAUAAAUAAACAAAAAAACAUUUUUUGUGUUUAUGGGGAGGGGCGCAAAUUUUUGUUUUGCCAGAAGCGCCAAUAUUGAUCAGCCCGGCUCUGCUUACGAAUAACAAAAUUUAUAAAAUAAAGUUGUUCUUACUUCUUACAAAUUAUUGUGAUAAGCUAUUGACUAACACGUGCGUAUGUUUAUGUUCUCAGGUUAACGGAUUACGGUUCGGCCGAUUACAACGGCGUCAUGUAUAUAUAUUCGGCGGGACUCGGCGGCGACGGUGCCCAAAUCGUUGAUGGUGGUGGCGCUUUUCAUUACACUCAACAACAGCUGCACCAACAGUCGCAGCAACAGCAACCGCAUUGCCAGCAACACCAACAACAACAACAACAUCAACGACUUCACCAGCAUCACCUCCAACAACCACAGCAACAACAGAUAUCACCGCCGGCCAGUCCGCUGGACGAAAGAGACGGCGGUGGCGGCGUCAACGCCAUCCCUGCAGAAUCAACGUUGUUGGCACACAAGCUGCUGUCCAACAAACUGCAAGCGACGGUUGCAGCCACUGCGUUCACGGCUACCAUGAUGACGCCACCAUCAUCACCACCCGAAGAUGGAGUCAAGAAGUCGGUGGGUGCCACCGCCGCCGCAUCUGCCCCGCUAACCAAUCGACCGCCGGUGAAACGUGGAGGGACCGGCGAUCGACGAGUCCAGCGUGCGAAAAAGACAUCGGCCAACCACUCGUGUGGGCACCCAGGAUGUGGCAAGACUUACACAAAGAGUUCGCACCUUAAGGCGCAUCUGAGGACGCACACGGGUGAGAAACCGUACCAAUGCUACUGGAACGGGUGUGGUUGGAAGUUCGCAAGGUCCGACGAGCUGACCCGGCACUUCCGCAAGCACACCGGUGACAGACCGUUCAAGUGCAGGUUGUGCGACCGCGCCUUUUCCCGGUCCGAUCACCUGUCGCUGCACAUGAAGCGACACAACGUCUGA